AAAAGUGUCCUGCAUUCGGGCUGCCAGUUCCAAUCCGACCGCAGUAAAGGUAAAAAUGUGUUCCAUUUCAAGUGUAUUUCUGGUGAGCAUCUCGGUGGCCUUAAUGGUGGCAUUGCUGCCAUCAUUAGCCCAAGGCCAUGGCAUGGUUCUGGAUCCGAUAGCACGUGGCUCUCGGUGGCGAUGCAAUUCGCGUGCCCCAGCCAACUACGAUGACAAUGGAUUGUUCUGCGGAGGUUACUUUGUUCAAUGGCAGCAAAAUGGGGGCAAGUGUGGUUUCUGUGGAGAUAACUACGCCAAUGCUCGUCCAAGGCUUCACGAGAUUGGAGGACCUUUUGGACAAGGUGAAAUCGUUCGGAACUACACCAAAGGAGCGGUGAUUUCGGUGAAGGCUUUGCUCACCGCCAACCACAUGGGACACUUUGAGUUCAACUUGUGCGACUUGGGCGUGGCCGGGGGAGAAACGGAAGAGUGCUACGAGCAGUACAAACUGUUGGACGUCGAAGGACGAAGAAAGUGGUACCUGAACUCGACGGCUGCCACGCAGUAUACCGUGCAGCUGCAGCUACCGGCGGAUUUGGUGUGCGAACACUGUGUUCUGCAGUGGACUUACGUCGCCGGAAACAACUGGGGCUACUGCGAUGACGGCACCGGAAAAAUGGGCUGUGGACCGCAGGAAAACUUCCGCACGUGUUCCGACAUCGGAAUCUACGAAGCCAACGAUCCGCGGUUGGCUGCCUCGUACAACUACUGCUCCUCCAGUCCACGGUCGCUCGAUUGGAUAUUCGCCAACAUUCCGGAAGAAGACAACGUCAUCGAAACGGAUUGAAAAUAGGUACCUACAAAGCGACAUUCCGUCUUCAUUAGCUAAACAAAUUGUUUUCUAGUCAUACCGUGCAAGUCAUCAAUAUAAUUGAUGUUAGAAAUGUAUGUGGUUAGGUACUUGACUAUGAGUUUGUAGACUUACUAUCGUUAAAUAAAUACGGAAGAUAAAAGCUCGAA